AGCUUUUCAAUUUUAUUUAGUUUUUUGCUUUACGCUGCGCAAUUUUUUUAAGUAUUAUAAUUGGGAUGUACUAAAUAAAAUUGAAUUGGACGCGCGCAACUAAAACAACAAAAUGACCGACAAAUGUAUUUUUGGCCCACCGCCGGACUCGGAUGAUUCUGACUGCAGCAGCUAUGACGGCUUUUACUUCUCUGAACCUCUGAAGCGGGAGAAGUUCGUUCCGCCCGUGCAACGCGACCAGAAGCUGCUCGAUGCGCUGCUGGAGGGCAAUUUACAGGGUGUGCGCGAAGAAAUCGAUGCGCUCCAAUUCCAUGUGGAUGGCACCGUAUGCGGAGGCCUCACAAUGCUGAUGUAUGCCUGUCGCGAGGGGCACUACGAGGUGGCCGCUUACCUGGUCAACCAGCUCGGAGCGAAUGUUAACAAGCAGAUAGACUCCACAAUGCCGCUGAUGUUCGCCUGUGACUGCCAGGCGAACGACCCGUAUGUGGCUGAGAAGCUCGUACGCUUGCUGCUAAGCAAGGGCGCUGUCAUCAAUGUGUCCGACAAGUAUGGCCUGACGCCUUUUAUGUUUGCCUGCCGCAGAGGCUACACUAACGUUGUGCGCCUGCUGAUCAAAGAGGUGAGCUUCGAUGCGACCGACAAUCAGGGCUGCACGCCCAUCUUUCAUGCGAUUGAGAACAAUCAUGCUGACAUAGUCAAGUUGCUGGUGGAUGCGGGCGUUAAUGCCAGCCUGGCCAACAACAAGGGCUACACGCCCAAACAGGUGGCCGAAUUUCAUGGAUUUUACGAUCUGUUUGAGCUGCUGCCGCGUGAUCCUGCUGCCACUUAUAUGGUGCCGUCGGAGUUUUUCGUCUACAACACGCUGCGUGAUCAUGUGCCACGCAUUUUUCUGAAAACCGAGUGUCCGGAGUACUUUCAGGAGCUGAGCGGCAUCUUAAACUCUGUGGAUAUGGCAAAUAUGCUGGAAUAUUUUGCCAAAGCGCGCACCUCACUGGCCGAAUUCCUAAUUAUGGAUGAUGAUGAUCUCAGCAAGAUAGGCGUUAAGUUUCCCAUCUAUCGUAACAAGAUCAGGAAGGGCAUACUAGACUUUCACUUGCAUCACUGGUCUAGGAAAUCAAUUGCACGGGUUAAAAAGGACGGCAUGGAUAACUUCUAUGAGAUACUUAUGAUCACCGCCAAUCACUUACAGCACUUGGUUAUCAUACAAGCCUCGCUGCGCUUCGUCAUCCAGAAUCAAAUGAAAGGGAAACUGGGCCAGCCAUUGGAAAUGCAGUUAUCCAACUUGCGGAGCAAUUUGAGAGCAUAUCGCGGCGUUAUAGACGAUCUAACCAAGACGGUUAAAUAUCUUGGUUCGUUCAGUCCGGACAAGAGUCCGCUAUAUAUUGACUACAAUGAGAUUCUCGCCGAGCGCAAGCGACGCAAGGUGCGCAGCGUCUUCAAAUACACAACCAUUAUUUUGGGCAUCUCCGUAUUUCUUUGCUUAAAAUGUAAAUGGUUCUUUUAAACACGCACACGUACACAAGCGCAAGCCCAGCACACGAAUAAUAGAAUUUCUAGAAUUUCCGUUAAUGUUUAAACACAACGCAGUACAAAUAACCGUAAACUAAUCA